GCUUGGAGUUUAUUGUAUCAUAGUUGGUUGACGUUUGUUUUGAUGAUAAUCUCGUGUGUUGUCUGGAUGUACCCGAAUUCACAACGAUUCUGUGCGAAAAUUUCGCCAUACAUCGCCUUCUAUGCUCAAGCGCUAGUCCUUAUUCAGUUCAUAUACAGCCUUGAUUUGACCCAAGCCGAACUUCCUGACGAGAAUCCAGGUUUUUUGAGACAGACUCUGUAUCAAAUCAUUGUGAUGUCAAAACACGAGCAGAUUAAAAUGAAACUGAACCUCGGCGAUUUGCAGAUCGGAUUUGAGAAGCCACGAACUGCACCGCCCUGCCGUUCGAUUCUAUUGAAAUUCAUGUUUACAGUAUUGUUUUGGAUUACUGUCAAACAACGAACGAUCGAGAAACGUCGAGGAGAGGCAGUGGCAGGUGGUGAAAAGAAGCCCGAUGUCGCUGAAAAGCUCACUGAAGAAUCAGCGAAAGAUGAGCGAUCUGCUUUCAAAAUAACAUCAAAUCCGACAAUAUCGUUUAUUCGUCAUAUGAUAACGAAAUAUUGGGUGGUCGUUAAUCUGUGCCUUCUUUUGGCUAUUUCACUUCAUAAUCCGGUCGUAAUCUAUCGGAUCAUUUAUAUGGCAUUCUUUCAAAUUUUUAUCAACUGCUUCCAGAUAUCUUUUCCAACUUGGCGACGAUCACUGUACGCCUUUUGGACAUUCAUGGUCGGUUACUGUAUGUUUGUAUUGUCGCUAAUUUAUACAUUUCAAUUUCAUGGAUUUCCGAAAUUGUACAAUCAGUAUUUGGGAAUGUCCGAAGAUGUUCUAAAAUCAAUCGGGCUCGAACGAUUCUCUAGUGGUCGGCUGUUUGUGAAGCUCUUAACACCGAUCAGUUUCCUCAUAUUCACGCUCAUACAGAUGAACUUUUUCCACGAAAAUCUUAUGGAAAGAACUGGCAAAUGGGAAAAGGCCUUCUAUCAUAAUCGAUCACGCCUAGCCACAAUGCUGGGCAAAUUUCAUAAGAGAAACGUUGGUUUAAUGAAUGUUUUUCUGAAAGGUGCCGUUUUUAAACGUAGUGCCAACAAAAAGUAUGAUCUGCUUUUUUUUCGUUAUAUUUCAUUUAAAUUCGUCAAUGUUUUAUGUCAAGUACCAUGA